AUGCUCGCUGUGGUAUACUCACUGCAGAAAUUCGAUCAAUACGUCUAUGGAAGAGAAGUAACAGUGGAAAGCGACCAUAAGCCCUUAGCAGCGAUUGUAACAAAGCCCUUGAGGAGCGCCCCAAAACGCCUACAGGGUAUGCUUCUGAAGAUGCAGAGAUACUGCGUUACCAUUGUAUACAAGCCCGGAACGGAGAUGUAUUUAGCAGACACGCUAAGCCGGGCAUUUUUGCAGUCGUCAAAGAAUGCACAGGGGGAGUUCGAGAGAAUCAAUGCGGUAAAGUUACUCCCAAUCACUGACGAGCGUCUAGCGGAGCUCAAGAAAAACACCAGGGAUGACGAGGUCCUACAGCAGCUGAGACAAGUGAUUCAGAUCGGCUGGCCUGAGGAGAGGAAAGAACUCCCUGCUUGCCUGAUCCCCUACUUCAGUUGUCGGGAUGAGCUAGCUAUCUACGAUGGUCUAGUGUUCAAAGGAGAGCGUCUAAUCGUCCCGAAGGCCAUGCGUGCAAGCAUGAAAGAAAGGCUACACAGCUCACACAUUGGGGUGAAUGGAUGCCUACGUCGAGCGAGAGAAUGCCUCUUCUGGCCUGGCAUGACCAGCGAGAUAAAAGAAUUCAUCUCGCAGUGCGAGAGCUGUUGCAUGUACGACAACAAGCAGCAAAGAGAAACCUUGAUGAGCCACGAGACGACAGAGCUUCCAUGGGAGAAAGUCGGCAUUGAUCUAUUCACAAUUGAUGGUAAAAAUUACCUCAUUGUGACAUGGAUUCCAGACGUAGUCAUCAGCGACAAUGGACCACAGUUUUAUUGUGAAGAGUUUGCAGCGUUUACGAAGAGCUGGGGUUUUGAGCACAGAACCGGAAGCCCAGGACACCAGCAGCCCAACGGGAAGGCUGAAGCCUCUGUCAAGCAAGCCAAGAAGCUCAUUCCGAAAGCGAAAUCUAGUAGGGAAGACCUAUACUUGGGAUUAUUCGCGGUCAGGAACACACCAACUGAAUCGAUGGGCUCUAGUCUGGCACAGCGUUUGCUAGGAAGAAGAUGCAAGACCAGGCUACCAACAACGAGGGAGCUGUUGCGUCCCCAGACAGUGUCGACUGAGCUAAUAAAGAAGCAGACGAAAGAGCAGCAACAACGACAGGCGAAAUACUACGACAGGGGAGCUCGCGACCUGGAGCCUUUGGAUGAAGGGGACGUAGUGAGAAUGAGGCCGUUUAGGCUUGGGAAAAAGGAAUGGGACAGAGCGACUGUCCGCAAACGGCUUGACGAGAGAUCAUAUGAAAUUGAGACUGAUUGUUCUUAG